AUUGCAUUCAGGCGAAUUCAGAUUUCUAUAUCUGUCGCCUCUACUCGAUAUUCCCUCAACCAUUCAACCUAUCUAUUCUGCAGUCGCCCACAUCUACCGUCGCCGCCGCUGCUGGCUGCCUUCACAAUGGUGUUACCAAAGAGCAAGAACAGCGUGGGCCUGGGGAACAGUCUUAUGAAUGAUCGCUUUGGCAAAGGAAAAGGCUCUGAUCGAAAAAAAGUGUCUGCACAGGGAGUCCUUCGAACAGAUCACACUACGGGUCAAACAUAUGUCACCAAUGCCGCCAAAGAAGCGUCAUGGGUCAAAAUGCGCAGUGUCACUGAGCAAGGCGCUCUCGACGAAUUCCUCUCAACGGCCGAACUCGCAGGAACUGAUUUUACAGCGGAGAAGAUGAACAAUAUAAAGAUCAUCCACUCAGACCAGAGAAAUCCUUACUUGCUCAGUGCUGCCGAGGAGAGAGGGACACGGAGGAAACACGCACAGAAUAAGUCAAGAUUAACGGUUCCCAGACGACCUCACUGGGAUGAAUCCACCACACCACAACAAUUAGACAGUCAAGAAAGAGCCAGUCUCCUGGAGUGGAGAAGAGGAUUGGCCGAUUUACAAGAAAACGAAGAUCUCCUCAUGACCCCUUUUGAACGAAACAUUGAAGUCUGGAGACAACUGUGGCGAGUCAUUGAACGAUCGGAUCUCAUCGUGCAAAUUGUGGAUGCUCGAAAUCCAUUGUUGUUUCGAAGUGAGGAUUUGGAAAAAUACGUCCAGGAAGUCGACUCCAAGAAACGCAAUUUACUUCUUGUCAACAAAGCAGACAUGUUGACAGAGGAACAGCGGCAAGUCUGGGGGGACUAUUUCCAUGAGAAUGGUAUCAAUUACAAGUUUUUCUCGGCCCAUCUCGCCAAGGAAAUGAUUGAAGGUCGUGAUGCUCUAGAGGAGCUCGACGCUCGACAGAUCCAGCAACAGGUUGAUAGGAAUGUUCCUGAGAAGAGCAUGAUCAAGAAUGUGCAAGACCUCAAUUUGGAAGAGACCACCGAAAAAGAAGAGGAGGAAUGGUCAAGUGAGGACGAGGAUGCUUCAGGUGCAUCAGAACACGAGUCUGAGGAAGGUUUCAGGAGCAAUGACCGAACCCAGAUCCUGACAGUAGACGAACUCGAAGCACUAUUUCUGGAAAAUCUUCCUGAAGAGACCACCAGCGGCGAAAGAAAGACUACGAUCGGAUUAGUCGGGUAUCCCAACGUCGGUAAAUCCUCAACCAUCAACGCAUUAAUCGGAGCGAAAAAAGUCAGUGUGUCAUCAACACCCGGCAAGACGAAACACUUUCAGACGAUCCAUCUUUCAGAGCGAGUGAUUCUGUGCGAUUGUCCGGGUCUAGUGUUCCCCAACUUUGCAUCAACCAAAGCAGAGCUUGUAUGCAAUGGAGUUCUCCCCAUCGAUCAACUACGCGAGUUCCUGGGUCCUGCAGGACUUGUGGCACACCGAAUCCCACAGAAAUUCCUCGAGAACGUCUACGGUAUGAAGAUCAUCACUCGACCCGUGGAAGAAGGAGGAACUGGUGAACCCACAGCGAGUGAAAUAUUACGGUCAUACGCAAAAGCACGAGGAUUUGCCACCACGGGACAUGGCCAACCUGAUGAAUCACGAGCGGCCCGAUACGUGCUCAAAGACUACGUGAGUGGGAAAUUAUUGUAUUGUCAUCCACCGCCGGUGGAGCCGGAGAUUGACGGCGCCGAGUUCAACGAAUCUCUCUACGACUUUGCCCAUCUCCCGGCCAAGAGACAAGCAUGGUUGAUUGCACACAACACCGAAACCUCGUCGACAAUCAGUGGCGGUGCUGAAUCGUCGACGAUUUCUACAGCCUCGAAGCAACAAUCCUCUGUUGGCGAGACCGGUACUAAGUCAAAGAAACUCGACAAAGGAUUCUUUGGGCCUGGAUCCGGUAAUUCUGGCCAUGUUCGACACCCAUUCAACCAUCAAUAUACAGAGCAGGGUCAACAGCAGCAACAGAGGGAAUUAUCAGGAAGAAAAGCCAGGACCAUGGUGGCACUGGAGAACAAUAUCGAUCCCGCUGAACUCAAAGUCAACAGUAAGAAACAUUUCAAGGGAGCGAGGAAAAAGACUCGAACGGUCAGAAGUACCAAUGAGGAUGAUGAUUGAUUGAUUAAUUAGCUUGUGAAAAUAAUUAAUGAACGAACAUUCUAGCUUUGUUCAAUUCAAUUCAAUUCACAUGGUGCUGCCCUGCCAUGUCCCUGCCAUGUACCUGCAGCUGAGAGGGAGGGUCAUGAUGGGCUGCGAGUCGAG